AUGAUCGAACAGAAAAAGGACCCAGCGCAGUCAUCAUUCGUCAAAGAUCUUAUAAAGCAGAUGAAAAACGAUGAUCCGUCUGUCGAUUACAGUUCAAUACUGGCUUUCAGCUACGAGUACGCAGAGCAGACGCCCGGCUUUGGCCCGGGGAGGGUUGGAUUUAGACAGCCUAAGAACAGAAAAGACGAGCACAUACCACCUGAAUGGGUGGCGACGCUGCUGGCCAUCUACACUCGGCAGAAAGAAUCUCUGGAUGACGAAGCUGCGACUAGCAGCGUCAAAGAGGCGAGUCUGCAAGAUGUCAAAGACUUUCUUACUGUUUGCGACCUCGCCUGGUCCAUCCUCGAUUACCCACUCUAUUCGUUCGGAGGUGGUUCGGCCCAGGCAUGGGUGCCUGCGCGACAGGAGUUGUUUCAAGACAAACAUGGGGGAAUUUCCGUAGCAGCCCGCGUCGUUGACAAGAUGGGCUCAAACAUGCUGACAUUCUCUUCCGCCCGUGUCGUUUUUAAGACCGACAACGGGCUCAUCGGCCUAGGACCUGACUACAUGUCUGAAGGGGAUGAGGUGUGGGACUUGGUUGGUGGCGAAGUGCCGUUUUUGUUGAGCCCAGAAACUUCCGAUUCCGAUCAUGGAGAUAGGCGCCGAUACAGACUAGUUGGGGAGUGCUACGUGCAUGGAAUCAUGAGUGGAGAACUGUGGGAGGACGAGACUAAACAAAGCGCAACUCGUUCGUUGAGGGGAAAAGACUUGAAGUUCGAGACGAUACAGAUUGUUUAG